AUGCACUCCAAGAACGCCGUGAGAUCCGGGCAAAUUAAUAUUCAGAAUCGGAUCGCGCUUCUCAUUGCAGAAACGAUAAGCGAGUCAGCGACGGACGCGCAAAAACCGCCAUCGCCGCAGCAAGCGUCUCAGCAGCAUCAGCAACAACAGCCGUCGCAGCAACAACCAUCCGGCGGUACCGUGGUUGGUGGUACCGGGGGUGGUGACGGUACUACCGCGGCAACACCCACGUCCGCCGGUAACGUGCAGCAGUCCCAGCAAUCCCAGCAAGCGUUACCCUCGGCCACACCGACCCCGACGACUGCCAAUCCACAUUCUACUACAGGAGCCCCUAACAGCAAUCAGCCAUCGCCUCAUCCCUCGCCUCUCUAUCCCGUAAUACCGCAGCAGACCGGCCAGCCCAACGGCAGCACGCAAGGCGAUCCAAUUUUGGAGCCAAUUUUCGAUUUCUGCGAAAGUAGUGAACCGCCAAAUCGUGCUGCAUCCUUCGGAACAACCAGUAAUCAGAAGGAGCAAUGUCCGGAGAAUACAGCGAGUGCGCCGAUACCGAUCGCCCGUAAUGGAAUCGCCAGGUUUCAGCAGCUCAUAGUAAACAACACCCUUUUGGUCCCACCAGAUACAGAGCAUGAUCUUCGAACCACGAAUGUUCGGCUUUGGUGUUGA